AUGGGCGACGAGAAAGAAGACACUCAGACUCAAGAGCCCUUUGUGCCAUUCACUCUCGAAGAGAAUAUACAACAGCUCAAUGACAUUGAUCGGUCCAUUGUCCAGCUCAUGACGCACACUGCCACUGCGCUCGGCGCCCUCACGACGCCAGUCUCAUCCGACGACAGCAAUCCCCUAGCAUCAGUCGAGGCAGCGGCACAAACAGAGGCAUUUCGGAGCGCUACCGAUACGUUCCUGGAGACGCUGCAUAGUAUUGACGUGCGCAUGAAGCGCCAGAUCCUCGCGCUGGAAGAAGCAGGCAUCGUCAAUCUGUCUAGCGGACCUCGCCAGGGCCACAGCACGGCUGUCAAGGCAUCUUUGAAGCCGAAUGGCAUGGGGGCCAUCGGAAACCUGGACGUUGGGUGGCUCAAUAGUCGCAGCACCAAGGUUGAGCGCGAUAUGGAGCUGGAACUGUGGAGAAGAGCGCAAGAGCUCCUUGAAAAGGACGCAGACAACACCAAGAAGGAGUGA